AUGUCGGAUGACCUGAAGCCCACCGUGAUCUUGGGUGGUGGCAUCAUCGGACUAUCUACCGCAUACUACCUGGCGCUUGCCGAGCAGGACCGGAAAAGCCAGUCUGCACAUGCUCCCACUCAAGGAAGCAUUAUAGUAGUAGACCCUUCCACAGCAAUAUGUUCGGGCGCCUCCGGGCAGAAUGAGGGGGUAAUCGGAACCACUGGCUUCAAAAAUGAAGUGGAAGCUCUGGCAAAGCUCUCCUAUGAUCUUUUUGCAGCAAUUGCCUCCGAAAACGAUGGUCAUGAGCGCUUCGGCUACAGCAGCUUAAAAAUCCACGCCGUGUUCUCUCACGGGUACGACCCGUCCAACCCCAAACUUCCUCUUCCCGUGGUAAAGCAAGUAGAACUGUCGGAUCUCCCGAAAUGGCUCAAACCACGGUCGACUUGGCAAGCUGGUCUGAUAUCUAACGGCUCUGAUGCGGCAAUAGUAAAUCCUCGCAAAUUUUGCGAUUUUCUGAAGGAAGAGUGUGAGAAUCUUGGUGUUCAACUCAUGCUCAACUCAACGGCAACAAAAGUCCAUACUGAACCUGAUUCAUUGGCAUUUUCCUCAGUGGACAUUCAGACCAAAGAUGACUCGUCAACAAUCAAUGUCCCUUGCCAGAAUCUCGUUAUCUCAGCUGGGUCUUGGUCAGACCGGAUCUUUAAGUCUCUUUUUCCAAGUGCCGAGUUCCACAUACCAAUGACAGAGAGGCAGCCAGCUCAAAGUUGGCUUCGCAGACGGGAAACGGACAAAGAAAAAAUGGGCACGGACGGGAAGCAAGUCUGGCUUAACCCUGCGCUUGAGGGACAGCAGGAUCUUCAUCUAUCUACAUCCGGUUAUGGGGUAUUGUUCGCCGCAGGCUCGUUCGCGGAUUCUGACCCACCACCACCUCUUCCCGCCGACGUUUUACCAAGUCCAGAGGAAGUCGAAGAACUAAAACGGCUUGUUAGCAAAUACACCCAUUUUGGCGAACAUUCUCAGGGCCUGAUAUCGAGCGGCAGGGCAUAUAUGUCUCGAACGACCAAUGACUUGCCCCUUAUUAUGAAGAUUCCAUGGAAGGAGUUAUUUCCUUCAGUGGCCUUAAGUAGUGCGCCCUCUCGAGGUGGUCUUUUCUUUAAUUUUGGACAUUACCUUGACGGUUUCACACUUGGGCCUGGAAGUGGCAAAGUGUUGACUGCAAUGAUCAGGGGGAAGAAGACAUCGAUCGACACUGGGCCGUUUACACUGUUUGAGUGAGAUAUGGAAUACUUUGGCUAGUUUGCAGGAAAUUGCUUUCCAAAAGCUCGAAUCAAUUUACUACGAGAGGAAAACAAUGUAGAUACAUAUCCAGACUUUGACAGAUGUCG